GCCGGGACGGGCGCAGGCGCUGCGGAGGGGGCGGCUGCGGGGAGAGCUUGGAGGGCCUGGAGGUUCCCCCCCCCCCCCCCUCCAACUCCCCCCUCGGUGCCACCCUGGCGCUGCGCCCCAUGGACGGCGUUUUCCUCUCUCCCAACGAGGAUGAGUUCGUGGGGAGGAUCGCCGAGGAGUUGGAGCACUUCAUGCUGCAGGGGCAGCACCACAGGGUUCUCCUGUUCCCCCCUCUUUCCAGCCGCCUCCGCUACUUGAUCCAUAGGACUGUGGAGAACGUGGAUUUGCUGAGCAGCUUUUCGGUUGGGGAAGGAUGGAGGAGGAGGACGGUCAUCUGCCACUCAGCCGUGAGGAUACCCAGUGAGACCAGCGAGCAAAACCCCGCUACCACCGCACCGCGACCCCCCCGACCCACACAGCCAUGGGGCCGUGGUGCACGGGGGGCCCGGCUGCGGCAUGGUGGGGACGGGCAUGGGGACACAUCCCGAGCCUGUGUGGGGUCAGGCAGGAUCAAGAGGCCGCCCCGGAGGAAGCCUGAUAAAGCCCUAUACGUCCCCAAGGCGAUGCGUAAGAAGGUGGAAUGGGGGGAGCAGGAGGUGGGCGCCGAUGGGGCGCGAGAAGGGGAGAUCUGCCCCAAAGCUGCUCUUGAGGGGGAGGCUGAAGGCGGCCCCGGACCCAAUGGGGCCAUCGGUGGUGUCUGUUUGGUGCUUGAUGAGCAGCACAAGGAUGGGGAGGAGUCGGGAAAAAGCAGCCACGGCACAAAUGGUGACCGUCCUCCACGUUGCACCGAUGUCCCCCCGUUAGAGAGCAGCAACAGUUCCUCUGGGCAGCACAGUCAGGAUAAGGACUGUUCAGAUUCCCUCUCUUCCGUACCCAAUGAAAACCCAGCUGAGCCAGAAGAGCAGAGCAAGAGCUGUGAUGACACUGUUGGACCAGAAGGCAGCAAAACUCCGUGCCAAGACCAAAAGAGCCGCGAUGCCGACAGCAAGAGCUCCCACCUACUGGGGGAGCACUGCUCUGAUGCCACGUUGGUGCUGGAAAACCCAAAGAAGAGCUGUGCCAUGAGCCUGGAGAGCAGUGGGAACGUCUCAGUGCAAGGCGAGGACGUGGUCAGCCCGGUGUUGGAGCUGGGCGAGGGUCCCUCUGCUCCAGAAAGUGAAGAUCAGGAGAGCUUCAGCAGUGCCCGAGAAGAGCCCACCCAACAGCAGACCCCAUUGGAAGCACGGGGUGAGGCUGUGCUUGCGCCUGAGCCCAUUGGUGGUGCUGGCCCAUCGGGUCGCAGUGAGCAGGAGGAGCACAGGGAGGACGUGCCCGUGGCCAAGGAUGGGGUCAGGGAGCCCAUGGGCUUGGCUGAUGCACUACAGCGUGAGCUGCGGUUGCCCAAAGGGGACCAAGAGGAGAAUGCGGCCACCCAGAGCCGAGAGCUCGCCUUCGAGGAUGACUGCACUGCAGAGCUCCUGCAGGAGAUUAUGGGCCAUCUCACCGUGAAGGACAUCAGCGUCGAGAGGAUCACUCUGGAUUAUUCCAGCUAUGGUGAUGCUCAGGUCCACGAGGGGGAUUUUGGGCACGUAACCGAAAUCUACGACUUCUCCCCAUCACUGAAAACGGAGCACCUGAUGGAAGUGUUCUCAGAUUUCCAUGAGAGUGGCUUCAAAAUCCAAUGGGUGGAUGACACGCAUGCCCUGGGGAUCUUCUCCAGCCUGUCUGCAGCAUCUCAAGCCCUGGGGCGGCGUUACCCUUCGUUGAAGAUCCGACCACUGAUCCACGCAACAAAGCAGUCUAAAAUUAAGGCACUUCAGCGACCAAAACUCCUUCAGCUUGCCAAAGAGAGACCCCAGACUGACACGGUGGUGGCAAGGAGGUUGGUGACCAGAGCCUUGGGGCUGAAGCACCAGCAGCAGUGUGGCUCUGGCCCUGAAGGGCUCCUGCCAGAAGGUUUGGACCAGGAGGAGUGAACCAUCUCCACUCAAAAAAAAACCCAUGUGUAGACGAGCAUGGCUGUGAUAUUAAACUGCAUGCAGAACAGUGAGUUGCCAUGGGGACGUUCUCUUUGCUUUCUGAAUUGAGAAGGGAAAAAAGUUGAAUGAGAGGUUGAGCUCCAGAGCCCUGCAGAUUGCUCUUCGUGCUGGAGGACACCGUGCCCUGCUCUGUUCCAAAGCAUCUGUACUCUCUGCAGCACGUAAGGAAGUGUUACUUCGUGUUAAAGCCCACGAGGAGUUGUUAGGAGUGCACCAGGGUGAGGGAAGGGCAUCUCGCUGGCCAGCAGUUGGUCGGAGCAGAGCAUCUGUAGGAGUUGAAAACUGUUCAGUGUUUACUCUGUUGUCAUAUGGUUGUUAAAAUAUCCCCCAGUAGUGGUAGGCAUUGAGGUUCAGGGUUUUUUUUUUCUUUUUCCUCAUUUAAAAGAAGCCUGCCUGCGUUGCUCUGUUAGAAAGCAAAGUUAUUUGUUCGUUAGGAGAAGCAAACCAGAACUCAACAGUAGUUCAACUUGCACAGAGCCCGAUGGCGUGGGGUGCUCCAAGAGACACCUUGAGUUGCAGCAGCAGCAAUGGAGCAUCCCCCAGGCUCUGCUUUAGCUGCACUGUCCUGCAUCUGGAGAACAAAAUGGAGUUUCCCAACUUCCAGUAGGCUGAAAACCUCUCCUCUGUGUCACCAUCUUGGCUACAAGAAAUACUCCAGUAGGCAUUAGCAAGAACCUUUUAAGCCUCACAACAUCCCUGUGAGGUAGGUUUGUGGGUUGAUCCCUGUGGGUUGAGAUGGUUAAUUGGCAUUAUCCCAUUAGCUCUAGCUGCGUGUAGAAGCCUUCUGUACAAACACAGAGGGGGAAGGAAACUUCAGCACCAGGAAUUGUGAACAAGGCCCUAAACUGUCGUGGAGUAGGAAUAUAAAGUAGGAUUUAAAAGCAUUUUCUUUUAUUUUUUUUUUUUUUCUCCGGGUGAAACGUUUUAUUCAAGUAGGCGUGUCGGAAAACCUGUAGCAACGUAUGUCCUCAAACAAACAGAGGAGCACACUUAGCACCAUUGUGAACUGACUAAGUGUAAAGAAGAGAUCCUCAAAGCCAACGUAGGCAGGCGGUCAGCGCAUCCCCAGCGAUGCAAGCCACGAAGUUACCUCUGUAAGGUACAGGGAUACAAUGCCUUAACUAAACUCAUCCUUCGAAAGACAGAGUGAAUAUCCAGCUUAGAAGGUAACGUGUAGAUGGAUGUGGGGGGCUGUUGGGUGAAUUGCUUACUGUGCAGUGGGGAAGCAACAAUCCUGUGGAUCCAUCGUGGCUGCUGGGUGGUGGUGGAGCUCUGCUGCGGAUGUAGGCAGAGUUCUGCUCCAUUCACUGCUCCAUUGAAGGGGUGGUUCCGGGAGUCGGUUGUUGAAUGCAAGAGUUUGGUUGCAGUAUUAAAUUAUGCUUUAGACUGUUCUGCUCAGAAAGAACGCUUCGA